AUGUUUAUCGGAUGGCGUGUUAUGAGGGGCGAUGACUUUCGAUGGGUUGAUGAAGAAAGCUCCCCACUCAACUUAGCUGCUUUGGAAAUUCAUGAUCUUCAUGAUCUGCCCGUGUAUCGAGACGUUUGCCAAGAGCAGCAUUUCACGAACUUUACUUACGGACAUCUAGCAGCUCAUAGUCAUUUAGGUUUGAACAAUUCGAUUCAGUUUGCUGAUGUUUCCUCCACCUUGAGUUCUGUUGUGGCAUCGCUGGAUCCAUAUUAUACAAAUGUGUGGGGAAAGCGACGGGAUCGAAAAUUCAGUAUUGUCGAAGUCGCGUUUUUAUGGAGAUGGUGGAAUCAACAGACGCCCGAGGUUCACCAACUUCUGCGACAACAAAUCCAGAAUAAAUCGAUAGAAAUUGUUUCUGGUGGUUGGGUGAUGCACGAUGAGGCUUCAACACAUUAUGUUGAGAUGAUAGAUCAAAUGGCGAUGGGACAUGGUUUUGUGAACUCUGCAUUCAACGUAACACCAACUUCAGGCUGGCAAAUUGAUCCCUUCGGUCAUUCGUUGUUCCACGCAUGGCUUUCGACGCAAUUUGGAUUUAAUGGAAUCGUAACAGCAAGAAUUGAUUUUCAGUCUGAUCCAUAUUUGGAUGACUUCAAUGUCAAUGGGAGGGUUCAACAAUUUCUGGAUGUCUUCAAUCAGAGAUACGCAAAUGCUUCCAGGCUCAACCACGUAUUGAUUCCCAUGGGAUCUGAUUUCACAUUCCAAUCCGCGGAAUACAAUUUUCGCUUUAUCGAUCAACUAAUUCAUUUUGUCAAUGAAAGCCACAAAGAUGAACUGCCAAUCAAACCAAGUAACGAUGAUUUUUUCCCUUAUUCUGAUCGUCCGGGCUCCUAUUGGACCGGCUUCUACAGCAGCCGUCCCAAUCUUAAGCGUAGGGCAAUGAAACUAUACUUUCCAUCAAAUUACCGUUUUUCAGGAUUUGUUCGAGUUACCACUGCUGUAUUGCAACAUCAUGAUGCAAUAACAGGAACUUCUAAAAAACAUGUUAUCAAUGAUUAUUCAAAGCGAUUAUCAAAUUCGCAGGAUAGAGCUUAUAACAACGAUAAAGACUCGCCUGAAGAGUCAUUAGUUGAAAGAAUUAACACGCAAGAUUCAGAGAAAUUAAAUUCGUCCAAGAAAUCAAGUCGUUCAUCAAAACGAACUCCAACUGGUCGAUGGCACAAGCUCGAACCCUCAGAUGGCGAACAAGUAAUCCAGAAUGAGUUCAUGUCUGUCGGAUUCACAUCGAAGGGUAUAUCAUGGAUUCAAUCAGAAUCACUCAGAGGAGAACUGAUUCGUAUCCGUGUAUCGCAUGGAUUUGAGUGGUACAAAUCCUCUCAUUCUAUAGACCAACCAUCAGGCUAUUACGUUUUUCGUCCCGACAAGAGUUCCGUGUGCGCCAUAAACUCAACUAUACCAAAUCCCGGAGUCCGAUUUUCUUCCCCAUUGGUCUCUGUACUUCAUCUUCGGCCUGGCGACCAAAUGAUGGAUGGUAUCCCAUACAUGCAUUCGGGAUCCUCCAUCGAAAUCAGAUCCCUUCAGCGCGUUGAUAACACCUCUCCGUUAUUGUGUGAAUCUGUGAUCUUCCUUCAUUCCUCAGUAAUGGAUUCCGCGACGUUUCCCCUUUCUAUAGAUCCAGAGCAAAGUCCUGUUUAUUUAAAACUCUCUUUGUGUCAAAAUCAAAAAACAUUAAAACUCGAUUGGAGCGUGGGGCCAAUUGAUUUGCAUGAUCAAGUUGGAAAGGAAGUAAUCUUGAAGUUCGCGACAGACCUCGACACAAAUGGCAUGUUCAGUACUGACUCGAACGGGUACUUCAUGAUGGAACGACAAAGAAAUGUCCGGAUGUCGUAUAAUUACAGCCAGCUGAAAGGACUUGAAUACGAGGCGUCAAACUACUACCCCGUCACCACAACGGCAUCCAUCCAAGAUUCAGGUGCCAGUAAUCGUCGCAUGACAGUUUUAGUUGAUCGUUCUGUGGGCGCGAGUAGCCUGCGCGACGGAGAGUUGGAGCUGAUGCUUCAUCGCCUGUGA